AUGGCGACGCCGCCUCCUGAGGCACCCUCUGUCUUAAAAGAGGAAAAGCCUCAAUUGCCGCCGUCGCCAAAUGGAGACUCCUCGUUUGAAGCUGGUCGCGCAGGUGCGCAGUCUUCGGUAACUGAUUCCAACCCGGUCGCAUCGAUUAACGGAGCUGAGACAGCCGAAAAGGACCUCAACAAAGAUGCCGAUGUAAACGGUCACUCGCCCGGCCAACAGAAUGGUGUCACCACUACCGCUUCGCCCCCCAAGUCUCCCGCGCCUCCAGCUACUGAAGUCAACACCCCCCAGGAUAAAUCCGCCGAUGCAAACGCCGCCGUGGAUAAACCGGAAUCCACUGGCGAUACACCCCAUCAGCCGACAAACGGUACUGAUGCAGGAAGCGGCAGCCCUAAGGACACUCCAGUAUCGCAGAGUAUACCGCAGGAGUCAUCCGCUACCCCAGCUGGUGCGCGAUCGCCGCAAAACGCAGAUGCCGUAAAAACCGAGCUUCCCCAUCACCCCCACACCGGCGCGCAGCCCGACCAGGAUUCCACUACGAAUGCCCCUGCACCUUCCCUAGACACACAAACUUCCUCCGCUAUCGACCAGGAAAUGCUAGACGCCCCUGCUUCACCCACUAAGCUUUCGAGAGAGCGCGAUGCAGAGCCCGAUGAUGAACCUUCUGCAAAGCGCACGAAGAUCGACACUGAGGGUUUGAAUGAUUUCAAGGUACCAGAACUACCGACUCCAGCUACGGAAGAACAUGCGCAUACGGGAAUUAAUGGCGACACGACUAUUACAAAAGUGCAACACAGGUUUCUUGUCAAAGCGAUACAAAGCUUGAAGCGCGGACACGAUGCCCGGUUCUACAAAGAGCCCGUCGACCCCGUUAAAUUGAACAUCCCGACUUAUUUCCAAGUUAUCCAGAAACCCAUGGACCUUGGCACAAUCGAACAGAAGUUGAAGAGCAAUGCGUAUCAGGAAUCUCAGAACGUUGUGGAUGAUUUCAAUCUCAUGAUUAAUAAUGCGCAAACGUUCAACGGCCCUGACCAUGUAGUCUCCACCGAGGGCCAAAAACUCAAAUCCACAUUCGACAAGCAGAUGGUUAAUCUGCCCAAAGCUGAUGAGGUCGAGGAAAAGAAGCCAAAGAAGUUCACCCCGAAAACGUCUGCGGCUCGCCGAGAACCCCGUACCUCAAUUGGACAGACCACAGCGCGGCCAACAGGUGGCUCACCACAAGCUACAACUUUUGCGCUAGGACCAGAAGGAUUGCCACUUAUUCGACGAGACUCUACAAACGCCGAUGGUCGCCCUAAGCGCUCUAUCCACCCCCCUAAAAGAGAUCUUCCUUACUCAACGAAGCCCAAGAAGAAGAAGUUCCAGUGGGAGCUCAAGUUCUGCCAAGAAGUUCUCGAUGAAUUACACAAACCCAAGCAUUACUUGUAUGCUGCGCCGUUCUACUUUCCUGUUGACCCCGUCGCCUUGAAUAUUCCCACAUACCACAGCAUCAUUAAGAAGCCGAUGGACCUCUCCACUAUUAGCUCCAAACUGCAAACCGGUCAGUACGAAAACGCAAAAGAGUUUGAAACCGAUGUCCGCCAGAUCCUCAAAAAUUGCUUCAAAUUCAACCUCAAGGGCGAUCCUACGUACAUGGCUGGUGAAAAGUUCGAAGAAGUCUUCAAUAAUAAAUGGUCGCAAAAAGAACGGUAUUUAGCUGCGCACGAACCCCACCCUGAGCAACAAAGUGCAGAGUCUUCAGAGGAAGAGAGCGACGAAGACGAAGAAGCGAGUGAUGAUGAGGAAGAAGAGGCGAUCAACAGGCUCAAGAAGCAGAUUGCAGACAUGUCUCAACAACUUGAGGCCAUGACUCAGAAGAAGAAGAAAACUCCACCCAAGAAGACUAAGCCAAAGAAAAAGGCGGAUACCAAGAAGAGUGGAGUUACAGGCGCUGGCAAAAAGGACAAGAAAAGUGGCAGCAAGCCAACCAAAUCCGAGAAGCCACGUUAUGUCUCGUACCACGAGAAGCAAAUCAUUUCCAACGGAAUUAGUAGUCUUCCCGACAAGAAGAUGCAAGAGGCACUCAGGAUCAUUCAGAGUAAUGUUCCGGCUCUUAAGGGUACCCAAGAGACUGAAAUUGAGCUCGACAUUGAUGAGCUGCCUAACGAUGUUCUUUGGAUGCUGCUCAAAUUUGUGAAGAAGAAUGCGCCUCAGGUUGUCGACGACGAUGAUGCAUCUUCUCCAGUCGCGUCAAACGCUGCCGCACCCCCCAAACCGAAGAAGAAUAAGCCUAUGAGCAAAUACGAGCAGGAAGCCCAGAUUAACAUGUUGGAAAGCAACCUCUCGCGUUUCCAGGGUGGAGGUAGCGGUCGCUCUCCGGAACCAGUCCUUUCGGUUGAAGCCAAUGACAGCAGUGGUGACUCCGAAGACGACUCUGAGGAAAGCGAGGAGGAGUAA